AUGGUUGACGUAACUACUAUACAGUCUGGGACAGUUUUUGCGUGGUUCAUGUUGACAAUGGUGCUUCGACGUGUAGUAAUGUUGGUUGUUGCUGGUGUCGCAGCACGUGGUAAACCUACACCACCUGGUCGAGUUCCCGAAGAUUAUAGAACGAAAAGAAAAUCAGUAGGAACACCGAUUCAAAACAGAUUUACCAAGGAUGUACGUGUCAAUAAAACAAUUACUAAUGAUUCAGAAAAUGACACUUACUUCCUAAUUUUACUCUUAGCAACAGCUGUUUUCUCUGAUACUAACAAUGGAAAUGUUAUUCGCACAAUAGUCUAUGGUGCUAUUUAUUUAUUUGCUCGGAUAUGUUAUGCAAUAGCAUACAUCAUGGGUUGGCAGCCCUGGAGAAGCCUAUUCUUUGCUCUUGGUCUUGCCUGCACAUUAGCUUGUAGUUUAGAUCUCGUUAUCACUAUGUCACGACGAUCCAAUUGA